GGAGCCGCCGGGAAGGAGCCAGAAGCGGCCGCCGCCAUGGGGAACCGCGUCCCGCGGGAGGACUUCGAGUGGGUCUACACCGACGAGCCGCACGCUACGCGGCGCCGGGAGAUCCUGGAAAAGCAUCCAGAGAUAAAGUCCUUAAUGAAACCUGAUCCCAACUUGAUUUGGAUUAUAACUAGGAUGGUCCUCACCCAGUUGCUCGCAUUUUACUUAGUGAAGGACCUAGACUGGAAAUGGCUCAUGUUCUGGACGUAUGCCUUCGGCAGCUGCAUGAACCACUCAUUGACUCUAGCCAUCCACGAGUUGUCCCACAACAGUGCCUUUGGCAACGCUAAGCCUAUGCAGAACCGCUGGUUUGGAAUAAUUGCUAAUCUUCCUAUAGGCGUCCCAUAUUCAAUUUCGUUUAAGAGGUACCACAUAGAUCAUCAUCGAUAUCUUGGUGGGAAUGGCAUUGAUGUGGACAUUCCAACCGAUUUUGAAGGCUGGUUCUUCUGUACCACUUUCAGAAAGCUCAUUUGGGUCAUUCUUCAGCCUCUCUUUUAUGCUUUCCGACCACUCUUCAUCAACCCCAAACCUAUUACUCACCUGGAAGUAAUCAAUAUUACCAUCCAGUUCACUUUUGACAUUAUCAUUUACUAUGUUUUUGGAAUUAAAUCCUUAAUCUACAUGUUGUCAGCAACCUUAAUCGGUCUAGGUUUGCACCCGAUUUCUGGACAUUUUAUUGCAGAACACUACAUGUUCUUAAAGGGACAUGAAACAUACUCCUAUUACGGGCCUCUGAACCUACUCACCUUCAAUGUGGGCUACCAUAAUGAGCACCAUGACUUCCCUAACAUUCCUGGAAAAAGCCUUCCGCUGGUGAGGAAAAUAGCAGCUGAAUACUACGACAACCUCCCCCAUUACAAUUCCUGGAUCAGAGUGCUUUAUGAUUUUGUGACAGAUGAUACAAUAAGCCCCUUCUCAAGAGUAAAGAGGCACCAAAAAGGAAAGGUGGAGCUGGAGUGAAUGGAGUUCUGCUUAAUAAAGCAGAAGGUUUUUGCAUUAAAAAAGACCAGUGAUCGUUAGCUGCGGUUUCUAUGUACGCGCUCUCGUAUCUUUCCAGCUUAAUAUGACUUAAAACAUGCAGUCAGUCUGACUCAGUUUUCAGCUUUCCAAGCAAGAAAUAUUUUCUUUGUUUUACCAUUGUGGAGGUUAUUUUUACCCUAUUAUAACAAUAAGCUUUUAAAAAAUGAUUUCUGUUGUAUUAUUUUCGCUAUGAGGUUUUACUAUAUUAAAAUAGCUAAUAAACUGAGCGAUUAA